GACUCUAGCUAAUACGAAUACGAAGUACGAACUACGAAGGCGCAUUCUCAAACGAACUUGAUUGUUGAUUUAUUUAUUUAUUUUUUGAGCUACUAGUUCUUCUCAGUGCUCCAUCUCUGUUAAGUGAAAUAACGUAUAUGGUUUUGAAUUAAAAGAUUUGGAGUUACAUCAGUGGCAUUUUCCUCUUAGAAUGGAAAAAACUUCACGUUUGAAAUUUAUCGACGAUUUGGAUUCAUACCUGAAUGUGAAAGAACACAUUUUAAGAAAUGUGAUUUCUAAAUUGGAGUGGGAUGAAGAAUCCCUUCAUGAUGAUCUUAAAGUACCCUGUCAUAAUGAUCCUGGACAUUGGAUUCCGGAAUUACGACUUUCACGACAUGAUGUUGGAUGCUCUUGGGCUAAAGAUGGUUAUCCUAAAGAUGAAAAGGAUAAACAACCUCCAAGUUCACAGUUUUUUUAUGAACAGUGUUCUUCUAUUUUUUCAAUUAAUCUUGAUAAAAAAAUCCAAGAAAAUGUGUUAUCGAAGUUUGGACUCUUAAUUAAUGGUUCAGAUGAUAAAGUAUUUGAUAUCCCAAAGACUGUGGAUAGAUGGACCGUAAAUCUAAACCCUGAACAGCGACUUGCAAUCUAUGACUAUAUUGUGAAAGAAAGUAAAGCUGCUAAUAAGCUUAAAAAUGUAACUGUUGAAGAUUUAAUGUUUGAUUUUGGAAAGAAAGAUGAUCAAGAUGGGAAACCCAAGACCCGGUUAGAAUUAAUGGCUGAGCAACGUGACUAUAAAAGACGACGACAAUCUUAUCGAGCUAAAAAUGUACACAUCACAAAAAAAUCCUACACAGAAGUGAUGAAAGAAGUUAUUGAAAAUCAAAUGUCAUUCCUAAUAGAGACAAGAAAACAGAGUUUUCAUAGUUCUAAUUGUGAAGACGAAGAUUCUAACAAAAGAAGUUCUGAAGGCGAGUCAUCAAUGGAAGAUAAAAAAUAUGAUUCAGAUUAUCGAUCCAAGGAAUAUCAUACCAAAAGCCACUCGCCUAAGAGACGAAAACAUAAGCGUGAAAGAAGUCGCAGUGAAUCGCGUGAAUCUAGACAUAGGCAUAAGAAAUCUCGACACAAGCAUAAAAAAUCUCAUCACUAAUGGGUAACAAUUCUGUAUUUUUGUUUCUGCCUGCAGUUACUGAUAAGUCAGUUGUUUUCUUUUCAUUGUACCCAAGUAAAUAAAUCAUUUGAAAAGUUAGAAA